CGGUGUACUUUCGCUUUACUGUAAGCGCGGACGUUGAAGUGAAGUCGUAGUUAACUACCUUUCUCGCACGAUCACCGAAUUUAUUUUCCUGAAGCAAGAAAAUACAACAAAAAUGAAACUCCUACUGUGCCUCGCCGUGUUCGCAAUCGCGUUGAUCAGCGUGAAUGGAGUACAUUCUGCUCCGAAGGUCCAGGUGUACAGCCGUAACCCUGGGAUGCUCGGCGUGCGCAACAAGCUGAUCUGCCACGUGAGCGGGUUCCACCCCCCCGACAUCAAAAUCCAGCUGAUGGAGAACGGGCAGGAGAUCCCCAAUGCCGUGCAGACCGACCUGGCCUUCGAGCAGACCUGGCAGUUCCACCUGACCCGCAGCGUGGACUUCACCCCUGUGGAGGGCAAGGAAUACUCCUGCGUCGUCAAGCACCAGAACGACCCCGCCAAGCCGUACCAGUGGGAGCCUGACAUGUAAGGCUGGAGGACCGAACCCCACAGGUUGCAGUACCUACGGAUGAAUUCCACAGUACAUUCCAAAUGACUACUGAGUGUACUACAGCCUGAGACCCAGCCUUUUUGAUGCCUGUUCAAAUUUCUACUCCUGAACAUUGGGCCGUUUUCAGUGCCCAUUAUGAAUGAAGAAUUAAAGGCACACUAUGCAGGAUUUUUACCUUAAAUAUUAUAAAAUAACCAUUCUAAGGCAUAUCUAUGAUGCACUGACAACCCCUUUACACACUUUUGCAAAAUUUGUGCACCUUUUACCUGUAUUUGUUAUUCUAUUAUGUGUUUGGGAGGGGUGGGUGUGGCUACGUUGCCUGUGGUAUGGGAUCAGAGUUGAGCGGAGUGUUUGUUGCUAGCUAGCUGGGUAGUGCCCAGGUACAGCGAAGCAAAGAGACGAGCCAAAAUGGCUCAUUCAAGAACUAGAUAUAACAGUGAAAUUACCUUUCAGCCGAAGUUCAAAUGGAGGUGUGGUGUCAACUGAAGUUCGCUAUGCAGCUAGCUGUGCUAGGUAGCUAGAUGACUGAAGUCAGAUACUCGGGGUGAGUGGGUAACGUUGAACAUGGAGGAGGCGACUUCUUUGAUUGUAAACACAGGCUUAAAAAAUCAUGCAUAGUAUGCCUUUAAAAUUUCAUUCAUUUUCUUUCGUUCAAAUUCCCGGAAUAAAUUCAGACAACUUUCUGAUUCUUAUAAAUAAAGCACAUAACAAACCCUCAAGUUAAUCCAAGAACAUAUUUUGAUAAACAGAAUGUGUAAUUUCCUAAUUGCAAUGCUUUCAUGUGCAAUUCAAAUGAAAAUAAAAUGCGAAUUUAGAAAGUGUAGUGGAUUUAGUCGAAGCAGACAACAGUUAAUCUUGGUGGUGGUGGUUUUGCUAUAUAAGAAAUUUAAAAGUAAGUUUAGAUAAGUUCUUGUUAAGAUAAACAUAAGAUAGAUGUUUUAGGUCUUUUAGAUCUUUAGAUUUUACUGUGGUUAUUCUUUUUUAUGAAACUUUCUUAUUUUUCAGAGCUGCAGUUAUUACAUGUGCUGAAAAGACAGACCUGUUUAACGUGUUUUACACUGCAUUACGCACAUAGUAGUUCUGAACAGUUAAUACAGAAAUUUGUGUUUAUAAUGACUACAUCUUGUUCUAUGAAGGAAACCACACAGUGAAAACAUUUGGUUGGAUGUCCCACAUAAUUAUAAAAAUCCCCUGUGCCUGUUGUAUGUUUCAUUUGUCAUGCUAAUCAUAUUGUUGGAGAGUCAUUUUUUCCAAGUUAGUUCAAAGCUGCAGGUAGAUAUUUGUUAAACAUAUGUAAAAAAAUACUGCUAAUGAUUGUAUCAGGGAAGAUUUCUUUCUAUGUGUUGUUUAGGUCGCCCAACUGGAUUUUAACAACAGACAUAAGAUUGUCCUCAACAUUGGCUAAAUUUAAAUUCCUCUAAAUUAAAGUAGAUGUAAAUUAUAAAUCUUCCACUUUGUCAUUGGUGGGAAAUUGUGGCAUCUUUUCCUAGCCCUGCUGAGAGAUGCUUCUUGACCAUCGUGUUGUUGACACUUGAAGUAAUAUGUAAUUUGGGUAAAAGAGUAAGUUGCCUUUGUCUUCACUGUCCAGCUGUAAGUGUAUUUGGGUAAUUUAAUAAAAACCACUGUGUGUGA